GGCGGGUUGUCAGCGGGUCCGGGCGCCGCGGCUACGCUCGCCUAGGUGGUGGGCGGGGAGGGAAGGAAGAGAGCGGGCGCGAGGCGGCGGCGGCGGCGGCGGGGGAGGAACUUGUUGCGCUCGCGGCUGCGCGGUGCCGCUCUCUCCGCUCCAGUUCGCCCUGGCGGGCGCAGUGGUGACAACAACGGCGACGGAGACGGCAGAACGCGGCCGGGGCGAUGCGGCGCUACCUGCGCAUCGUGGUGCUGUGUCUGGCCUGCGGCUUCUGCUCGCUCCUUUACGCUUUCAGCCAGCUCGCCGUGUCCCCUGAGGAAGGAGCGGGCGGCGGUGGCGGGAAGCCGCAGGCCGCAGUGGCUUCCUGGCUAGCGGGCGGCGGACGCAGCACCCUGAGAGGCGCGGGCCCCGUGGCGCAUCCCGGCGGGUCGGACAGGUAUAAUCUGAAAAUGCAGCCUGUUGAGAAAAUGCAUCUAGCUGUAGUUGCCUGUGGUGAAAGACUGGAAGAAACUAUGACCAUGUUGAAGUCAGCUAUCAUUUUCAGCAUCAAACCUCUUCAAUUCCAUAUUUUUGCUGAAGAUCAGCUACAUCAGAGCUUUAAAGGCAGACUUGACAGCUGGUCAUUUCUACAAACAUUUAAUUAUACGUUAUACCCCAUAACUUUUCCAAGUGAGAAUGCAGCAGAAUGGAAAAAACUCUUUAAACCAUGUGCUUCGCAGAGAUUGUUCUUGCCGUUAAUCCUGAAAGAAGUUGACUCACUAUUGUAUGUCGACACUGAUAUCCUUUUUUUACGACCAGUUGAUGAUAUUUGGUCUUUCCUAAAGAAAUUUAAUUCCACACAAAUUGCUGCAAUGGCACCAGAACAUGAGGAACCUCGAAUAGGAUGGUAUAAUCGCUUUGCUAGGCAUCCAUACUAUGGAAAAACUGGAGUAAAUUCUGGAGUUAUGUUGAUGAACAUGACUCGAAUGAGAAGGAAAUAUUUCAAGAAUGAUAUGACAACUGUACGACUACAAUGGGGAGAUAUACUUAUGCCAUUGCUUAAAAAAUACAAACUAAACAUCACAUGGGGUGAUCAAGAUCUAUUGAAUAUCAUGUUUUCUCAUAAUCCAGAAAGCCUUUUUGUUUUUCCGUGUCAAUGGAAUUAUCGACCAGAUCAUUGUAUAUAUGGAAGCAAUUGCCAAGAAGCAGAAGAAGACGGAAUCUUUAUUCUUCAUGGGAACAGAGGUGUUUACCAUGAUGAUAAGCAACCAGCAUUUAGAGCUGUUUAUGAAGCACUGAGAAAUUGUUCUUUUGAAGAUGACAACAUCCAUUCCUUGUUAAAACCUUUAGAACUGGAACUACAAAAAACAGUGCAUACAUACUGUGGAAAAAUUUACAAAAUAUUUAUCAAACAACUGGCAAAAAGUAUAAGAGAUCUUUAUGCCAGAUCACCAAAGGAAAAGUGAUUCUUAGUGACUGCUAAAUCAAAGGGAUGAAAACAACAAAGAAUCAGAGGAUAAGUGUGAAGGAAUCAUCUUGGAUGAAGUAUUCAGGAAGGAAUUAUUCAUCUCCAGAAUAAUUUUUUUUCCUAAAGAAGUUAAAUAAGCAGUAUUUUCAGGUAAUGAAGAAUAAGUUAAUAUCUUGGAUUCCAACAAAGAAACAUUUUUGAUCUCUGAUGUUCUGUAAUGUUACUAUCAUUCCAGUAUGGUUUUAGCCUGCAGACUUCUGUUGACUCAUACUCUCAAGUAAGAGUGGUAGGAUUGUGUAGAUGGAGAAAAUGUACCUCAAACAGUGCAAACACUCAGACUGUGAGUAGAGCAAUAAUUUUAUGUCAGCACUAACCUCACUUUACAUGUGUGAGAAAAAAGUUUGUUUACAGGAGCAGAAACAGUUCUGUUUCUAAAGAAAUGUGAUGUAACUGAUGUAACCAUUGACAAUCUAUGUGUGCCUUUAUACAUUUCAUCUCUGUUUUAAAAUAUUUUUAUGACAAUCCUGUUUAAAAUUAUUUUUAGAUUAUAAGUAAGCUGCAUGUUAAAAAUUGAGCUGUGUAAGAAAGGAAAAAUGGUGAAAACUUUGGAGUUUUAAUCUGUGUGUAAGAGAGAGAGAGAGAGAAUGAAUGUAGUGUUUUGUUUUGUAUGCAUUAAACUGUCUUGCCAAAA